AUGUCCGAGGGCGUGGGCGAUGACCUUCCAGCUGAUCCAGAGAAUUGUGUUAACUGCAAGAAAAAAAUUAUGGACCAAUUUUACAUGUGCGACCUAUGCCUGAGCAGAGUACAUAAAAAUUGUACAAGCUUAUCACCCUGUGAGAUUAAGUGUAUGCCCCUGCAAAAGCGAACACUGCUUCUGGUGUGCCUGGGAUGUAAAAAAUACUUGCCCAGAACUCCUGAAUUGAUUAGUUUGAUGGACUCAAUGAAAAAUGAGCUUAUUGAACUGAAAAGAGAAAUAUUGGACUUAAAAAACACCUCCAACCAGCAAAAUAUCUAUGAAAGCUCUUACGCAGGUAUGAUGCAAAGAAAUGCAAUGAAGUCGAAUGAGGAAGAAACAUCUUCUCAAAUACAUACACUAAUAAUCAAGCCUCCAGAGGGACAAGCCCCUGAAUCAGCCAUAAAAUUGAUUAAACAAAAAGUAAAUCCUGCUGAAAUAAAUGUUGGCAUAAGGAGUAUAAAGGAUACAAAACAAGGCAGUAUUAUUGUGAAAUGCACAGCGAAACAAGACAUAGAAAGACUCAAGAACACAGCAAUACAGAAACUGGGCAAUAACUACACAAUGAAAACCCCCUCCAAACAAAACCCAAGAAUUAAAAUAGUUGGUUAUACUGGAGAGCAGGGAUACAAAGACGUUGAAGAAUGCAUUAGAAGUCAGAAUAAUUGGAUGGUGGAAAAUUAUGAAUUUAAAGUAACAUAA